CUCUUCAGUCUGGCGGAGCCAUCCAAAGUACGCGGAAGUCCAGAGCUGGCCCAUACAGCGAAAUAAUUGUGAUUAAUAGGAAUAUUAUAGAUAUGCGCAGAUCAUUAAUAUUCAACAUGGGAUCUUUGAGCACUUUGUUUUGGUUCAUUCUAUUCGUAUUAAUCAUAAAAGUAUACGCCACGUUGGCCAACCCACUGGCUGCCAAAAGUGAAGCAUAUUCGAAGACAGCAGCGAAAAAUGCCGGCAAAAAAGCGAAAGUAACUAACUAUUUUCUGCACGAGCCAUACGGAACCAAUACAUACGCCUUUGGCUAUGAGAUCGACGAUCCGCAGACGCAGAACAUACAGUUCCGCGAUGAGCGACGCUUUGUGAAUGGCAGCGUUGAGGGCAGCUACGGUUAUGUGCGGCCCGACGGCCUCGUCGAGGUCACCAAGUACCGGGCCGAUGAGAAUGGCGGCUUCUUGGCUCAGACGCAGAGCUUUCAGCCGGGGGAUGAACAGGCGAAGACGGUGUGGCCCACCCAACGACCAGACAUCAUUGUGGAGAGAAAGAAGCAGCAGUCGCCGGCCAAUGUCACGUGGGAUCCCAAGAGUCAUCUCAAUGUGAGCGUCUCCCAUGUGGCCGCCGAUGUGGCCCAGCAGCUGAAGGAGCAGCACGGUCUCGACCUGAACCACAUCGAUGUGACCAAAGACGUUCUACAGCCGGCCGUGCUCGAUGUGGUGCAGGGCAAGGCCCCCCUAAAGAACCAGACGAAGGACGGAACGCCCUUCCAACCGGUUCAAAAUGUGAUACCCAAUCGUUUUCCCAUCGCUCCCUUUAUGCUGCCCACGGACACGGAGCCCAUCAAGGCCACAACCGAGGAACCGAAGCCCAAAGCAAAUGCCAAUCCCAAGUACAAUAGAGCGAAGACCAACAAUGCGGAGAAGGCGCCGCAGGUGGAGGUGCCCGAUUCGGGACUGCUGCCACCCAGGCCAUUGGUCAAUGAGGCUCCAAGCGAUGCAAAUUGGUACCAGCGGAUCAUUGAUGCAAAUCGUCGCGAAUUCCUCACCAAUCUACCAAACUUAAGCCAAACUAAAGUAAAUGCCUGA